GUGAGGAGACCACAGCACGUUUGUCGAGAAACUCGAUCCUGCAGCAGAGUGACAUUACAGCCUCGCACACAUAUACCUGUCUGCUCUCUAAAGAGGAGGAGGGACAGCAACAGAGUUCAUGAUGAGAUUAUCUUAAAGACGAAGAGGGCGUGCAACACAUCUGGCAGCAGCUGGAUGUCAGAGUGUGUGGUGGGCGUGUUGUUGGGGGUGUAAAGAGCUUUGUAAAAAGUGGCUCAGCACUGGACCUGCCACUCUCCUUCUAAUUGUGUUAUAGCCGCAAGCAGAGGGUGGAGAGAGCAUCAGGAAAAAAAACCAAAAAAAAAACAAGAGAGAGACCAGAAGGAAAAGUAGAAAAGAGCAGGGGCAGUGACAGAGCGGAGAGAAGAGAGCAGCAGAGGCAUCUGGUGUUCUAACUCCAGAUCGGAGAAGGACUUCCUGCGGAGCAUCAUCAUCAUUUGUAGUCAAGGGAGUGUCCCGUCUGCUCGUCAUGGCCCUUCCCUCCCUGUUGAUGCUGCUGAUGGCCGUUGCCAUGGUGACUGGGGCCCGCUCAGCCAGCGAGGAGAAUGAACUGGAUUAUGGGUACUGGAACUACAGAGAGGGAGCUGACAGUGUGAACGUGGCCUCAGUGCGCAGUGUGACCAGAGUUUUAGACGCCUGGGGGAAACGCAUCUUCAAUGAGAUCAAGACUUUACUGCACUCUCAGCCCAGCACGCUGCUGCCCGACUACUCCAGGGUGCGCCCUCUCUCCGAGUCCGUCAACGACCUGUUCAGAGAAGUCUCUCUACUGCGCAGGCGCAUCACCGAGCUCUCCCAUCGCCUAGCAACGCUGGAACCGUUCCUACGUCACCACGGCUACUGGCAGGGGGAAGGAGAGGAGGGGGCGGGGCCCGGCUCGGCUCUGAGCCUGAGGGGAGAGGUGGCCAGCCUGGCCCGGUACCGGCCCACCACCACCAACACCGCAGGCAGGCCCGGUCCAGCGAGGGGGAGCCGGGUGGUGAGGAGGAGACGGGUGAGGGUCCUGCAGAACGGACAGAGGCUGGUACAGAGUGAGACUCAUUAAAGACAAAGAAGUUAUAUUACAGACGAGUAUAUCUGGUAUAGCUGUAGAAAGAAAUGCAUUUUUAUAAAACUGUAGAUUUCAUGUAAAAUAACAAAUAUAUAAGAAACUGCUCGACCUGUGAGUGAUGGUGAAGGUUUACCAUUCAGCAGCUCAUAUCUUUAAUAAACUCUCGUUUUAUCACUU